AUCAUAGCCUCUUUGAUCCGAAAUCGGACAAAUGCUGGAAGCGGGGUCAGGACAUGCGGCGCGAGUCAAAGAACUACACAGUGCAUCACAACAAGGCGACAAACGAGCAGGGGCAGCCGAAAUCUGGACAACAGAACGGCGACGUCAUGCUGGAGGUAAUCGAGAAGGUGUGGAACGACCAGGUAGAAGAGGCCGCCACCAAGAAGAUGAAGGAAACCCGCAAAAAGCAGAGGGAGGCGCUGGAGAGGAAGGGAAGACAAAAAACCCGAAAUUAGCGGAAAGGGUCAUGGUACCGGCUAUCCCCAAACGUGAGGACCUCGUCAACAAGGAGCUUAACGAGAAUUUCCUCCCUGCCCAUUGGCUUUCGUGGUUGUUUUACGGACCGCUGGGCAUGCACGCGGACGAGGACAUAUCGUUUAUGUCCUCCAACGGCCCUGACCUUGAAAGAUUAAGUGACGGAGACAUCAGCGAAGACGAUAACGACGGCGGCGGCGGCGAAUUUGAAGACGAGGAUGCGAGUGGAUACGCAUCUCCCGCAAGCUCCUUACAGGGAAACUCCAGCGGCGACACCGGCGAGGGCACUCUAAGAAUGGUUCCAACAUCUAACGCGGGAAAAUCCAAUGGAAACAAAAGGGCCAACAGCAGUGACGGGCCGUCUGGGGGAGGGAGAUCGGCCGUCAAGAGUAAGAGAGUCAUGAAGUGCUUGUCUAAUGCCAACGAGGUCCUCGGUAGGAGGGCCACGAAGGAAAGGAACCGGGAAGAGAUAAAGAGAGCUCGGGGCAACCAAGAAGGGUUGCAGGAACAGCUCAGGCUUGCCCAAGAGAGCUCCGCCGUUCUGCUGCAGGUGACGCAGCAGAUGACGACGGUUGGUGGUAGCGGUCCCGGUGCCGCUGGAGUCCCCACCUCUGGGGGCGUGGACGUCACGGAAGGCGUACAUGGUGGCGGCGCCGGUGAGAGGGGCGACGUCGUUGACGUGGAUCUCAGCGGAGGCACGAACGGAAACCGGAGCGACAACGAAGCCUCCCAGGAGACUGCCUCCGUACGGGCAGGCGCAGUUCAAGCCGCACGCAACCAUGCCAGGGUUAGAGGAGGUCCAGGAUCGGCAGCUACGACGGGUGCAGCUGCAAAGCAUUUUGCCUCAUGGAGGGCUACGUCCAGCGGACCCGCCGCUGCCGCUGCCGCUGCCGCCAACAAUGCCGCCAACGUUUUGGCGGUAGACAGUUCGGAUAGUGACGCGGAUGGUGGGGGCAAUGACGAGUUUGUAAUGGACAUCGACGGUGAAGGAUGUCGCAAGGAAGCUUCCGUGGGCAGUUCCGGCAGGGGCUGUGGGGGUGGCAGCGAGGGAGUGGGCGCUGCAGGCGGGCCGAAAAGGCCGCGGUGCAAUAAACACCGCGUUCCGUACAAAAUUAUGGUUCUUCGAGGCAAGAGAUAUUGGGAGUGCGGCGAGGACUUCGACAAUAUGUGCGACCACUUCGAGUCUGCGGGCGGCGUGACGGUGGAGGACGAUUCCGGCGAGGCUUUGGAUGCUUCAGCGGGUACCGCUGGUGCCGCCGCGAACGGUGUUGGCGUUGUUUCCGUGAGCGCUGCAGGCGGCGGCAUGGGGACGGGGGACGGAACCGCCGCAGGGGGUGCGUCUGCUGCCGCGGGUGCUUCUCAUGCCGUCACAAACGGUGCUGGCUGAGUUGCUUCCGUGGGCGCUGCAGGCGGCGGCAUGGGUAUGGGGGACGGAACCAUGGCCGUUGGGGGUGUUGCUGCCGCCGCGGGUACCCAUCGAGCAAACACAAGAGCUCUUGCUUGGGAAGCCAUCACGAACCAAUUCCCCAACGGUGGCCAGGUGGCGGGUGCAGCUGCAGCAUACAUGGCAGCUUUCGCAGCCCAAAAACCAGCCAACUGACUCUAGGUUGACGGCAACACGUACGCCGAGCACUUUUGUGCGAGUUGUGCGCGACGUGUUUCCUCGGGCGGUGGUUUUGUCGAAGGAAAAAAAAAUGUUGCCGCUAUAUUCGUGUACUUAUGUUGAGCCGCGGCAAUCGUCAGUGGCUUCGCUUGAAACGCCUGCUGUGCGAAGUGUUCACGUAUGAGUCAGGAGGUCGAGCGAGAAGGAGAACAUAUAUUCUCCCUCUCUUUUUUUUUUUUGGCAAUGGCAAGGGGAUGGCUUCCACUGCACAGAAUUACUGGUGGUCCAAAAUACCUGAACACUCCUUCUUCUCUGCAUGGAGUACUGUUCAACGGUAACGUUUUCUCCAACGUUGGACACUUUUGUUUUCGACCGAAAUGUCGCGCAAGGCUGUUAGGAUUUCAGAGAUGGGUAACCACCUCCUGCCUAUGUAGUCUCUGCGGGAGAGGGUUCCCCCUAUUUUCUGGUUAGGAAUGUCGAGGAUUCAGUGCUUCCGACUCGUGUCGGUACAUUGCUUGCCAGUGGGUUUAUGAUUUGCUGUGGGAAGCUUGUUGGUGAUUGAUGCACUUGUUAUUGUGCACAGUAUUGCAAAUGAACCGGCGUUUACCGGCUGGUAGGUAACGUCAACAUUUCCGCAGUUGGGUACUUAUGCCGUAUUCCAAAGGAAGGUUGAUCCCAUGUCGAUGUUUCCUGA